AUGGCCUCGUCCGUCGCCCUUCGUCAGGCGCUGACCCCCUCUUCCUUCCUCACAGGAGCUCCCACCAUCAGACUCUCACCCACCAGAGCGUCAGUGAGCAAUGGCGUCUCGCUGUGCUCGUUCCAGGCAACCUCCGCGCAAUCUCAGUUUAGGUCGGUCGUGUGUGCUGCCGCCGGCACGGAAGUCACAGCUGCAGCAGCGUCCACUGAUAACUGGGUGCCGGUAAUUCCUAUGGAGGCUCUUCCCAAGGGAGAGAGGCGACUGAUCAGGCAGGACGGCCAGGAGAUUCUUCUGUUCUGGUACCGGAACGAGAUUUACGCCGUGGAGAACAUUUCGCCUGCAGAGGGAGCGUACUCGGAGGGAUUUCUCAACGCCAGGUUCACCCAGGACGGCUGCAUCGUGUGUCCGUCCACUGACACCACAUUCGAUCUUAAAACCGGCGAGAUCAAGGAGUGGUACCCCAAGAACCCUAUGCUGCGCGCGCUGACCAAGCCGCUCCGCCAGCUGGAGGUGUUCCCCGUGAAGCUUGAGGACUACCAGGUCUGCAUCAACAUGGGCCGCGGCUCCGCCGGCGCUGCUGAGGUGGUGGUGGGUGAGGCUUCCAAGGUCGGCCAAACGGUUUCUGACGUCAAUGUGAACGAGACCAAGAUGGUGGUGGAUGAAUCAGCAGGCGGAUUCGGGUUCUCACCACAAAACGAGUUGCUCAACGGCCGAGCAGCAAUGGCAGGUUUUGUGGGUCUACUGGUGAUCGAGCUUGUUACUGGCAAGGGCCUGCUGUCCGCUACUGGGUUCCUUGACUUUCUAUACCGCGUUGGGGGCAGUGGACCGGCUUUGUAG